GCCCUGCAUCAGACAGCGUGUUUCCCGUGUCAUCAAAGUGUAAUAUCCCAAGCCAGCGUUGACAUUGCAGAAAAGAUGGUGGUCUGAGAGCACAAACAGCGCGUAUGUCAAGGCCCGCAUGAUGACGGUCACCCUUGGUCCAGGAGGGCGCAGAAGGUGCGAGUAGAAUCGCAACGCCGCCAACCAUGUACUCGGAGUGGCGCUCGCUGCAGCUGGUGGUGCAGAGCGACCAGGGCCAUCUCAGCGUGCUGCACGCCUAUCCCACCAACGUGGGCACGGAGGUGGCCAACGCCGUGGUCAAGCCUCUGUGCACGGCCGUGAGCCCCGUGGCCACUGAGAACAUCCUCAAGACGGACAAGGAGGUGAAGUGGACCAUGGAGGUGCUGUGCUACGGCCUCACGCUCCCCCUGGAGGGCGACACGGUAAAGCUGUGUGUGGACGUCUACACGGACUGGAUGAUGGCCUUGGUGUCGCCCCGAGACUCCAUGCCUCAGCCCGUGGUCAAGGAGCCCAACAUGUACGUGCAGACCAUCCUCAAGCAUCUCUACAACGUUUUCGUACCCAGGCCCGAGCAGCACAGCUUGAACCACAUCAGGCUUUGCCAGCAGGUCCUGACCGCCGUGCAGAAACUGGCACGAGAAUCCCUCUCGCUGGCGAGGGAGACCUGGGAGGUGCUGCUGCUCUUCCUGCUUCGCAUUAACGACACCUUGCUCGCCCCGCCCACAGUCGGAGUGGGCGUGGCCGAGAAACUGGCGGAGAAACUAAUGGCCGUGCUGUUCGAGGUGUGGCUGCUGGCGUGCGCCCGCUGCUUUCCCACACCGCCGUACUGGAAGACGGCGAGGGAGAUGCUGGCCAACUGGAGACACCACCCGCCGGUUGUGGAGCAGUGGAGUCGAGUGGCCUGCGCCCUCACCUCCAGACUCCUGCGCUUCACCCACGGACCCUCCUUCCCAGCUUUUAAAGUCCCUGACGAGGACGCCAACUUGAUCCCUUUAGAGAUGGACAGCGACUGCGUGGCACAGACCUGGUAUCGCUUUCUGCACAUGCUCAGCAACCCAGUGGACCUGAGCAACCCGGCCAUCGUCAGCACCACGCCCAAGUUUCAGGAGCAGUUCCUCAACUCCAGCAGUAUCCCGCACGAGGGGGUGCUGCUGCACCCGUGUCUCAAACAGCUGCCCCAGAUUUUCUUCAGGGCAAUGCGGGGCGUCAGCUGCCUUGUGGACGCCUUUCUGGGCAUAUCCCGCCCUCGAGCUGACAGCGCCCCGCCCACCCCGGUCAACAGAAUGAGCAUGUCUCCGCCCCCGUCGGUGGCCAACACCACGCCCCCUCACAGUCGCAAGCAGCGGCACACGGCGGUCACCAAAACCACCAGCAAGAGUUCAACCGGCAGCGGCAGCCAACCCACAAAAGUUCCCCAGCAGCAGCAAACUUCGUCCUCGCCGACUUUGUUGUCCAGUCCCAACCAGAGCAGCUGGGAGUCCCGGCCGCUGCCCGCCCCGGCACGGCCCAAAGUCAACAGCAUCCUCAACCUGUUCGGCCAGUGGUUGUUGGACGCGGCGCUGGUCCACUGCAAGCUCCACAGCGGCCUCAGUCGGGACCCAAGCAUGACGGCCAUAGCCACGCAGGUGGGCCUGGAGCUGAGAAGGAAAGGCUCGCAGAUGUCCACAGACUCCAUGGUGUCCAACCCCAUGUUUGACGCCAACGAGUUCCCGGAGAGCUACGAGGCGGGUCGAGCUGAGGCCUGCGGGACUCUGUGCCGUAUCUUUUGUAGCAAGAAAACGGGUGAAGAAAUUCUACCUGUUUACCUCUCAAGGUUCUACAUGGUGCUGAUUCAAGGUCUCCAGAUCUCUGAUUUCAUCUGUAGACCCGUCUUGGCCUCCAUCAUUCUUAACUCUUCCUCUCUCUUCUGCACCGACCUGAAGGGCAUCAACGUGGUUGUGCCGUACUUCAUAGCAGCCUUGGAGACCAUUGUGCCCGACAGGGAGCUGUCAAAGUUCAAGAUGUAUGUCAACCCCACUGAUUUGAGGAGAGCCUCCAUCCACAUCCUGCUGGCCAUGCUGCCACUGCCUCACCACUUUGGCAACAUCAAAUCCGAGGUUCUGCUGGAGGGCAAAUUUAACGAGGAGGAUGGAUCGCCUCACGACCAGCCCGUAUCUUUUUUGUCCCUGAGGCUACGGCUCGUCAACGUUUUAAUUGGCGCCUUGCAGACGGAGACCGACCCUACCAACACGCAACUCAUCUUGGGUGCCAUGCUAAAUAUAGUUCAAGACUCAGCACUGUUGGAGUCCAUAGGCGCGCAGACAGAAACGGGGAGCAUAGACGGGAGUCAGGCGGCCGCGGGGAGCCAAAGUCAUAGCCGGACCAACAGCGGCAUCAGUUUCAGCAGCGGGGGCAGCACGGAGGCCGCCAGCCCGGACUGUGAGCGCCCAUCCCAGGCCCUGCUUCGGGAUUACGCUCUUCCAGAUACAGCAGCAGGCCUGCUGGUGCGCAGUAUCCACCUGGUCACACAGAGGCUCAACUCCCAGUGGAGACAAGACAUGAGCAUCUCGCUGGCCGCCCUGGAGCUGCUGGCCGGCCUCGCCAAGGUCAAGGCGGGGGUGGACUCAGCGGACCGUAAGCGUGCGGUCAGCUCUAUAUGCGGCUACAUCGUCUACCAGUGUAGUCGUCCAGCGCCUCUGCAGUCCAGAGACCUGCACUCCAUGAUUGUAGCUGCCUUCCAGUUCCUCUGCGUGUGGCUCACCGAGCACCCUGACAUGCUGGAUGAAAAGGAUUGUUUGGUGGAGGUUCUGGAGAUAGUGGAGCUGGGAAUCUCAGGCAGCAAGUCCCGACAGGAACAGGAAGUGCGACACAAAGGGGAGAAGGAGCACAACCCGGCUUCCAUGAGGGUGAAAGAUGCUGCCGAGGCCACUCUGUCAUGUAUCAUGCAGGUCCUGGGAGCCUUCCCCUCCCCGAGUGGAACCGCGUCCACCUGCAGCCUCCUCAACGAAGACACCCUGAUCCGCCAUGCCAGACUGGGCUCCACAGGAGCCAGCAACUUCCGCUACUUCGUGUUGGACAACUCGGUCAUUCUGGCUAUGCUGGAGCAACCUCUGGGCAACGAGCAGAACCCCAGUCCGUCUGUGACGGUCCUGAUCCGAGGGACGGCCGGAAGACACGCCUGGACCAUGCAGCUCUUCCACCAACCCAGAGGAGCCCGGGCCAAUCAGAGGCAGGCCUUUGUCCCAGAGGGACGCCCCACGCCAAACAACGGUGUGGGGAUCAGAUACAACGUCAAGCAGAGACCCUUCCCCGAGGAGGUGGAUAAGAUUCCCCUGGUCAAAGCCGACGUUAGCAUUCCCGACCUGGACGACAUCGUCAGCAAAGAGCUGGAAGUUCAACACGAGCGACUUGGCCUUCUGAUGAGCAAGCAGGUGGACUACGAGAACACUUUAGAGCGCCACAGCGAGGACGUCUGGCGAUCCAAUUCCUUCCCCGACCCGCAGAUCGACUGCAAACCGCCACCGCCAUCGCAGGAGUUCCAAACGGCGCGACUCUUCCUCUCCCACUUUGGUUUCCUCUCUCUGGAGGCACUUAAGGAGCCCAGCAACAGCCGUCUACCUCCUCACCUGAUCGCCUUGGAGUCGUCCUUGCCAGGGUUCCUGGAUGACAUCAACUACCUUGACCUGCUCCCCUGUCGCCCCUUUGACACCGUCUUUGUUUUCUAUGUGCGGGCUGGACAGAAGAGCAGCCAUGAGAUCCUGAGGAACGUAGAGUCCUCAGCCAGCGUUCAGCCUCACUUCCUGGAGUUCCUGCUGUCCCUAGGCUGGCCUGUGGACGUGGGGAGCCACCCGGGAUGGACAGGACACCUCCAUACCAGCUGGUCUCUCAACCCCUGCUGUGACCAUGAUCUUCAAAACAUUGAAGAAGCAGCUACUCCUGAGGACACGGGAGGAUCAGUCUUCAACGGGGAGAAGAAAGUCUUGUACUACGCCGACGCUCUGACGGAGAUUGCCUUUGUUGUGCCAUCUUUAACGGAACAUUCUGAGGACUCGUCGGUGCACAGCGACUCCACGCUGGAGGCCGACACCAACAUGGACCUCAUGCCCAGUUUACUCAAGCAACCCAAUCUCACACUGGAGCUCUUCCCAAAUCAUUCUGACAACCUGGAGUCUGCAAAAAAGAUGAGUCCUUUGGUGAGGAACAAAAGGUCUUCAAGUGGAAAGUCUUUUCCACCUCUGGGUCCUGAGACCAAGGUGUUUGUGGUCUGGGUAGAGCGCUUUGACGAUAUAGAGAACUUCCCUUUGUCAGACCUUUUGGGGGAAACCAGCACAGGUUUGGAAGCAAGCAUGAGCAACAGCACUUCCUGCAGAUCAGGGUUACUGGAAAAGGACGUUCCUCUGGUCUUCAUCCACCCCCUAAAGACCGGCCUCUUCCGGAUCCGGCUCCACGGCGCCGUGGGCAAGUUUGGCAUGGUGAAUCCCCUGGUGGACGGCAUGGUGGUCAGCCGCAGGGCGCUAGGCUUUCUGGUGCGUCAGACCGUCAUCAACGUGUGCCGACGGAAGCGCCUGGAGAGCGACUCGUACAACCCGCCACACGUGAGGCGGAAGCAGAGGAUCACAGAGAUGGUGCAGCGUUAUCGCAACAAGCAGCUGGAGCCUGAGUUUUACACCUCCCUCUUUCGUGAGGUGGGGGAGGGAAAGCCUCACCUUUAACCUGUCCUAACACUGGCUUACACACACACGACACAGAAUCUUUAUAUUUAUACUGUACACCUUUAUUUAUAUGAAUUCAUAUAUCAACUUUGACUCUGACAGCAAAGUGUGCAAAAGCAGUAAAAGACGCCAAGGGUUGGAAAAAGCCUCCAUUUUGUGUCCGUUGGCAAUGAAGGAGCCUUUUACACAAGACCGCUUUCAGCUCUUUGUUUACAAGCUUUUACACGUGUUCUGCAGGCCCCAUGGUAAUGUCCUGGAAAAGUUUUAAUAAGCAAGCAGAGAAAAGUCUAUCCUAAGAGGCGCUCAGACACUCGCUUUUCCAGUUAAAAAAUAAUCCAACAGACUUCGCUGCACAUCUUAAAAAUACUCCGAUUUUAUAGUUGUUUUUUUACCAAUUCCACAUUUGUGUAUCGUUAAAAAGGGCGUGACAUAAUAACGGUGUUACUUUUACUAGUAACGGGUAAUCAAAUUACUUUUAAGUGUGUUACCGAUAGUUUGAAGUAUUGUGGCACGCUACUUUUGAGGUGGUUGUGUGUAAGAAGCACAGCAAGCAAGAUCAAAGCAGGAAGUUCCUUUUUUACAAAUGAACAAGACAUUAGGCAACAUCACACAGCAAACAACAUGUACACACACUCCUACCACUACUACAAGAAAAUAAUGAUUGAGGUGACUGCAAUCUGACAAUAUGUGGACAAGGAGACUACACCCAUGGAGGCCCACUCCAUCUUUUUAUGAACUAGCGCCAACACAAUCCAGUAAAAAGAUUCAACAUAGCUGCGGAGCUUACAAACAUAGCUGAGCUAAAUGAUUGAGCUGAGCAUGCUCUCACUGGCACCACCUUUUAAAGGCACACACGCACUCUGCUCUCGUGAAACGUCUCAACUGCCUGCAUAUGCCAGAUAUUUGAAGUUUUUGUUUUAAUAAAAGUAUUUUCGUAUUUCAAUAAAUUUUUUUGUAAAGUAACAAGUAAUUAUAACUACGUACUUUUAAAGGUAAUUUUUUCGAGCAGUGAUUAAGUGUGUCCUGGAAUUUAGACUUUUUAGUGCGUGUGUAGCUUCAAUGCUAAUGUUUAGUGCCACUUGAUCCACUUUGUACACAAACACUAACGUUGCACGUGUCCGACGUAAGAGUAUCAAUCAAUCAAUCAAUCAAUGUUUAUUUAUAUAGCCCUAAAUCACAAGUGUCUCAAAGGGCAGCCAUAUAUCACACAACGUAAACGUUAGCCACACUAGCGUAGCUAUGUCAGUUACGUCCCUAUUUGAACACCAUGCUAAAUGAAAAAAUAAUGGAUUUAUUUUAAAAGCAUAUUUUUUUCUUGUACAAUAUGAGUUUCAUCUCAAAAUACAGGACUUCUUUAUCAUAAAAGUAUGACCUCAUUCUUGUAAUAUUAUAACAUUUAUUUUUACAUCUUUUUACCUCAUUGAAAAAGUCUAAUCUUGUAACUAAACCGUUUUCAUUUCCAAAAACAUAUUUUUUGUUACAUAAUCACAACUGUAUCCUUUGAAUAUUAGUUUGUACUUUUACUACUCCCAAUGUAUCACUCCUUAGAUAUUUUUUAACUGUUGUAUUAUAAGUUUUAAAUACUUAUUUUCCCACACAUAAUAGCCAUUAUUCUCAGAAUAUUCCCCACUGACAUUGCUGCAUGUGUAGCGGACUGACUGAUAGUCGGCAGAGUUGCAGGCUUUGUUUUAAGAUGUGUAGCGAAGCUUGGUCUUCAACUUUAAACAGGGAGUGUCCAAACUUUUUGACAUGGGGACCACAUUGGGCUAAAAAAAUCAAAAGCCGACUGCAUUUAAAGUAACAAAAUAUAUAUAU